AUCUCUUAUGGGCAAAGAGCUUCUCGGGCGAAGGGGCUGUUAUUUUUUGCUUCUUGGUUACAAAAAUAGAGAGUGCCAGCAAUGAGUGUCAUGUCCUGGAGGAUUCUUCGGUGGCGUUUUUGAUAUUGUUCUUCUCUUUCCCCUUGAACACUGCAGAGUGCUGACCUUAUCCUGUGGAAUUAGAGACUCUGCCACUCAGCCCCCUAUUUCGGCUGGAAGGGAGAGGUUUUUCUCCCCCUCUGUGCAGGCACUUCUGUUUGAAUGGAAGAUACAUCUUUUUGCUGAAACUCUUUUGUUGUGACAUUGCAUAAUAGGCAGUUGUCUCACCGCAGGAAAUAAAAGAAGCGAAAGGAAAUAGAUGGAAGGAAACUGUUCCCCAAAGCAAAAUUGAAGCAGGGAAGAGAACAUUAAAAUCAUUUCAAGCCCUACCCAAGAUCUAGAAGACCGCAAAUCUGCUAGCUCCAGAGGAAAAUACACCAUUAUAAAAACUCCUCAGCAGUCAGUAAACGAUGAGCUGUCGUGGUGUUUCGUCUGGAUGCAGGUGGUAAAGGAGAGCUUUGGAGGGACGUGGGGGCUCGGCCUGUAUGAUGCCUGAAGACAAAAAUGCUGGAGUCCGCAGCCCAGGUGCCUUAGCAGCAGCUCCUUUCAUUCCUAAAACUACUUACAGGAGAAUUAAGCGGUGUUUUAGUUUCCGGAAAGGUAUUUUUGGCCAGAAGCUGGAAGAUACUGUCCGGUACGAAAAGCGCUAUGGGAACCGUCUGGCUCCUAUGCUGGUGGAACAGUGUGUGGACUUUAUCCGACAGUGGGGGCUGAGGGAAGAGGGCCUUUUCCGACUGCCUGGGCAGGCUAAUCUUGUCAAGGAGCUACAGGAUGCGUUUGACUGUGGAGAGAAGCCUUCUUUUGACAGCAAUACAGAUGUGCACACAGUUGCUUCUCUCCUUAAGCUGUACCUAAGGGAACUCCCAGAACCAGUUGUACCAUAUGCAAAAUACGAAGAUUUCCUUUCCUGUGCCAAAAUGCUCAGCAAGGAGGAAGAAACGGGCCUGAAAGAACUGGUGAAGCAAGUGAAGAGCCUGCCAGUUGUCAAUUAUAAUUUGCUGAAAUACAUCUGUAGAUUCCUUGAUGAAGUCCAGUCUUAUUCAGGUGUAAACAAAAUGAGUGUGCAAAAUCUGGCUACCGUUUUUGGCCCCAACAUCCUUCGCCCCAAAGUAGAAGAUCCUCUGACUAUCAUGGAGGGUACAGUAGUAGUCCAGCAGCUCAUGUCAGUGAUGAUUAGCAAACAUGAAGAGCUCUUUCCCAAGGAUGCAGACCCUCAGGUGGGACCUGAGGUAUGCAACAACAACAAUGAAAUUCCAAAGAAAACUAAUGCAGGGCAGCUACAGAACAAAGAGAACAACAAUACCAAGGAGACGGCAGUGAGGCGCUGCUCUUGGGACAAGCCCGAGUCUCCCCAGAGGGGAAGCUUGGACAGUGAGUCUCCAACUGCCCUGCCAGGCAGCAAGACAAGUAGCCCCAGGAACAGCAUCCAGAAACUAGAUGUCACCAGAAGCCCACCACUCAUGGUGAAAAAGAAUCCUGCUUUUAAUAAAGGUAGCGGUAUAGUCACCAACGGGUCCUUCAGCAGCUCCGUGGAGGGCCCUGAGAAGAGCCAGACCUUACCAAACUGUUCCCUGCAAACCAGGAGAACGUCAUGCCUGAAAGGACCGGUGACUAAGAUGGGAACACACAGCGUGCAGAACGGAGGUGUGCGGAUGGGUGUUUCCAGCACAGAUGGGCACAGCAACACCCUCAGCAGCCGGGCCCCAGGCUGGGUACCCAAUGGCUACGUCACUCUGAGGGACAACAAGCAGAAGGAAUCUGUGAGUGAGUCAGGACAGCACAACAGGCUUUCCACCUAUGACAAUGUCCACCAGCAGUUCUCUAUGGUGAACUCUGAUGACAAGCAGAGUGUGGAUAGUGCCACCUGGUCAACGUCCUCUUGUGAGAUAUCCCUCCCUGAGAACUCCAACUCCUGUCGUUCAUCCACCACCACCUGCCCUGAGCAGGACUUUUAUGCGGGUAACUUUGAAGACUCUGUGCUGGAUGGACCACCACACGAAGACCUCUCUAACCCAGGUGACUAUGAGAACAAAAGUAACAGAAGGAGUGUGGGGGGCCAUAGCAGCCGAGCCACCAGCAGCAGCGAUAACAGUGAAACGUUUGUGGCCAACAGUUCUAACAAUCACAGUGCUUUGCACAGCCUGGUGUCCAGCUUGAAGCAAGAGAUGGCCAAGCAAAAACUAGAAUAUGAGACAAGGAUAAAAAGCUUGGAGGAGAGAAAUCUCACCCUGGAGACGGAAAUGAUGGCCCUGCAUGAAGAACUGGAUCAGGAGCGGAAGAAGUUCACAAUGGUAGAAAUCAAAAUGCGUAAUGCAGAGCGGGCAAAGGAGGAUGCAGAGAAGAGGAAUGAUAUGCUGCAGAAGGAAAUGGAGCAGUUUUUCUCUACUUUUGGAGAACUGACAGUGGAGUCUCGCAGACCGGAAAGAGGCAACACCAUCUGGAUCCAGUGAGCUUUGAAAGAGUAGAUUGUGGGACUUCAGUAAGGGCUUGGGGCUAUUGUACUGUAUCAGGUGGCUGGUCACCUGUCUGAGGCUAGUACUCAACAAAAUGUUAUAAACUCUUGAAGGAAGAAAUCGUACAGACAUUAACCACUCAUAUCUACAGCGUGUACUUAUCAAGUUAUACUCUUUGAAUGCUUCAUGAGACUACUGUCAAGUGUUACAACUGGAUAUGUGUAUAUAAAUUUAAAAAAAACACACCUUAGAGAGCAAGAGAUGUAUCUGAAGAAAUAUUUUAAUGCUAGUCUUGUAUUUAAACUGGUAAAUUGAAAUGUUGUUGCAAUCAAGCUUUAUAUAAAGGCUUUUCUCCCUUGCACUUAACAUAAUAAGCUAUUUUUGGCAUUGUGUUACCAUCAGCUUAUUUUGUAUAUCAAAUGUUUUUUCUGUUUUUGUUUUGUUACCCCUUUUGCUGGGGAGUGAAGAUAAACAGAUAUGUUAAGGUUUAUGUGUCAGUGGUUAACCCUGAUUUGCGUCGUUUCUAAAAAGACAGCAGGGUGAGAAAACAGAAGUAUUCAAUGGGGCAAAAUAAAGCAGUACUAAGUUAAUAGAA